UGGGGGGGGAAACAGUCACUUUAUUCCUCCCCCACGCUCAUCGCUACGUGUAUUCAGUCCCCGGAAUAGCCCUGACGAAGGAGGAGGCAAAGGCGCUCGCUGUGUUCAGCCGCCUUCCUUCCCCCGUCAUGCUGCGUCCACUGCACUCAGUGUAGUUCAGCCAAUGCAUCGUCUUCGGAGCGGAUCCAUGUCCUCUGCACGUCGCCGGGAGCCAUCCUCGACCGCUUAAGCUCCGCGCACGUCCUAUAAGGGGGCACCUAAAGAAUUAAUAAUACAUAUACACGGUAUAUUUAAGGCGCGAUCGUCGGACGGAACCAGCAUUUGGCCAGUUCCCACGCCGGAGGAUGAAUUCAAUACGACAGGUGCCUACCAGGGUGAAAAGCAGGAGGACCGAGACCACCCUGGGGGCGGAGAGGGAGCAUUUUGACAAGCAGCAGCUCAGCAGCAUAAGCAAGGCCAUCAACUCCAGUGAGACGCCGGUGAAGGAGAAGCAUGCCCGCAGGAUCGUCCUGGGGACGCACAGGGAGAAGGGGGCCUUCACCUUCUGGUCCUACGCCCUGGGCCUCCCGCUGGCUAGCAGCUCCAUCCUCAGCUGGAAGUUCUGCCACGUUCUACACAAGGUUCUACGAGAUGGGCACCACAACAGCCUGCAGGACUGUAUGAGGCAUCACAGCAACAUCAAGGAGAUGGGAACCCUCUGGGGUAACCUCCACGAUCGAUAUGGGCAGCUGGUCGCUCUGUACGCGAAGCUUCUCUGCAACAAGAUGGACUUCCAUUUGAAGCAUACAGAAAUCCAACCCAACCUGGAGGUCUCCGAUGAGGUUCUAGAGCGCACCGCUGGGACCGACAUCAACAACGUAUUCCAGCUCACCGUGGAGGUGUUUGAUUACCUGGACUACGAGCUGAAGCUGGCUGAGACUGUGAUGCGGCAGCUGAACACAUCCAUCGCCAUCUCCACCACCACCUCAGGACAGUGUCGCCUGGCCCCCCUCAUCCAAGUCAUUCAGGACUGCAGUCACCUCUACCACUUCACUGUCAAACUGCUCUUCAAACUGCAUGCCUGUGAGUGGUCCAGCUUGAGUCCCCGCCCACUUCCCAGUUGUGUUCCGCCCCCAAGAUCUGAAGGCCACACUGGCCCAUUGAGGGUGGGGCUGGGGGAGUCUGCCCACCUUCAGUUUUGUGAACCUGCCAACAGAGACGUGCAGAUAGACAACCUGAAGCGGGAGAUCGAGCUGCUGCGGGUGGAGCUGGAGAGGAUCAAAGCUGAGGCCCAGCGCUUCAUCACACAGCUUAAGUCCCAGAUCAACAGCCUGGAGGCAGAGCUGGAGGAACAGCGAGCUCAGAAGCAGCGCGCCCUGGUGGAGAACGAGCAGCUGCGCAUGGAGCUGGAGGCCCUGCGCAGGCAGAGCACCGAGAAUGAGGGCCUGCAGACCACCUUCAUGGAGGCCGAGAAGCGGGCUCAGGCCACAGAGAUGCGCUACGCCAAGCUGAAGGAGAAGCACGCCGAGCUGGUCAGCAGCCACGCCGAGCUGCUCAGGAAGAGCGCAGACACGGUGAAGAUGCUGUCGGCCACGCAGCAGACGCAGGAGGAGGUCGCCCGCACGCACCCCGCCCACCCCCUCUUCCUACUCGCUGGGCUAGAGGAACAGAAAUUCGAGAUGGACCGGCUGAGGCGGGAGCUGGAGGAGAAGAGGAAUGAGGUCUCCCGCAUCCAGGGGGCGCUGGAGGGCAACUUGGCGGCGGGCCAGAAGCUGAACGGCGCCGUGGCGGCGCUGCAGGCGGAGAAGGAGGCGCUUCUGCGCUCAGUGAGCGAGCGGGAGGCCGAGCUGUCCUCGCUGCGGCAGGAUGCGCAGCUGCAGCAAUCAUCCCUGCAGCAGGAGCGGGAGCGCAGCACCCGGGAGCUGGGCGAGCUGCAGGGCAAGCUGCAGGAGAAGGCUAGCAGGGAGGAGCAGCUGCAGCAGAAGUUGUUGGAGGAGCAGUUUUCCCUGCUGCAAGGCACUGUGACGGAGGCAGAGGCCAUCAUCCAGGACGCUGCAGCCAAACUAGACGACCCUCUGCAUGUGCGCUGCACCAGCUCCCCAGAUUACCUCAUUACCCGUGUUGAAGCCACUCUGGGCUCCAUUGACAAGGUGAAGCAGGGCCAUGGCGACUACAUGAGGAACAUGGGAGAUGCCAGUGGCCUGCUGAGGGCUCUCACCCAGUUCUCCCAUCUGACCGCCGACACCAUCGUUAAUGGGAGUGCCACGGCACACAUGGCGCCCACAGAUCACGCCGACCGGCUCACGGAGAGCUGCCGGAAUUGCGCCACCCAGAGUCUGAGCUUCCUUCGCGAGCUGAAGUCCAGGGCUUCCCUGCAGAGAGCCGAUCCGGUGGCCGUGCGCCUGGUCGUGCAGCGCAUCCUGCAGCUAAGCCGGGAGUUACAGCCCAAGGGCAGAGAUAUUCGUGAGGAGGAGCUCGGGGACAUGGUGGACAAGGAGAUGGCAGCCACGUCAGCGGCCAUUGAGGAAGCUGUGCGGAGGAUUGACGAAAUGAUGAAUCAAGCUAGGAAGGACACCUCUGGAGUCAAACUGGAAGUCAAUGAAAGGAUUCUGAAUAGCUGCACAGAUCUAAUGAAGGCCAUCCGCAUGCUUGUCAUAGCUUCGACAGACCUCCAGAAAGAGAUUGUGGAAAGUGGAAGGGGCGCCGCCUCUGUGAAGGAGUUCUAUGCCCGGAACUCGCGCUGGACCGAGGGCCUAAUCUCCGCCUCCAAGGCCGUGGGCUGGGGAGCCACGCAGAUGGUUGAGUCAGCUGACAAGGUAGUACUGCACAUGGGAAAGUAUGAAGAGCUGAUCGUCUGCUCGCAUGAGAUUGCUGCUAGCACCGCCCAGCUAGUGGCUGCCUCCAAGGUGAAGGCUGACUGCAACAGCAGGAAACUGACGACACUUCAGCAAGCCUCUCGCUAUGUCAAUGAGAUGGCAGCCAAAGUGGUGGCCUCCACCAAGACGGGACAGGAGCAGAUCGAGGAGAGGGAUAAUAUGGACUUCUCAGGCAUGUCUUUGAUUAAGCUGAGGAAAGAGGAGAUGGAGUCACAGGUGAAGGUCCUGGAGCUGGAGACGCAGCUGGAGAGCGAGCGCAUGCGCCUGGGCGAGCUGCGGAAGAAGCACUACGAGCUGGCUGGAGAGCCGCUGCCUGAGGGCAACGGUUUCACCAGCGCCGCCUCCCCAUCUUCACCCAAACCCAGCAAACCUGCCAUCAUGAAGAAACCCCCACUGGCCCAGAAGCCCAACGUCCCACCCAAGAACCAGUUUAGGUGAAUGGUGGCUGCAGACGAACAGUCAUGAUGAUGAACUGAUACGGUGCAGACAGGCUGCUGACGUCAGUCGUGUCACUUUAAAGCCCAACCAACCAUAACAAAACAGUUUUUUGUGCUCCUGUAUACGUUGACCACGCUUCACUGUACCCCACCCCUAUUGAUUUUUUUCCCCCCAAUUUUUUGCCAAGUUCGUAUUUUAUUUUGCCAUGACGUUAUUUGCUUUUCUCACUAAGCGAUGUUGUGUUUUUCUUCCGCUAUUUUUCAAGAGUGAAAGCAGCAUGUAAGAAGACAAAGUUCAUGACACGUGUGCCUUUCCCUGCCUGACAAGCACUGAUGGCCAUUACUGUUCUGGCUCCCAGUUAUUAACCUGCUGCUGGGAAGCCCAGAGACAGCACUGUACUUGUUCCUCGGCUUGUGUUGUAACCGAGCACAGAAUGCACUUCGUUACACAAUAUCGCGAGUCGUAUAUCAUGGCCGUGACACGGAUGCUAAAGCAUAGAGACUAACUGAUGUAAAUGCACGGGUUUAUUACGCGCUAAGGGCUGCUCUGCACCUGUAGGUUGGUUGUAGUGGUUGUAGUGCAGGCAUCAGUAAUGCACACGAAGCACACCUUAAAAUGCUGCUCCAUUCACCCUUGUGCAUCCUGAUGAUUAUUUUAGUGACACAACAGAUUAAAUCCGCAGCUUGCAAUGUAGAAAUAGACACCAUUACUGAAAACUCUCCUAACCACCACCACCCCCCCCCCCCCCAUAUGAUUAGAUGCAAUCAGACAUUUUUUUUUAUUGAACAUGUAAACAAGUGACCGGGUUAGCCCUUCCUUUGACUUUAUUUCGGGAUUUACUCUUUGGCUGGCAUUAUACAUUAUUGGCUCAGCAUAAGAAUCUGCCCGUGGGAACUGGCUCAUUUUGAAAGACGAACCACAUUUCUCUCAUUUUAAUUUUGUUUCUCUCUUUAGAUGGGAUGUAUUAACUGUAGUGCAAUCAGUAGGCCUAACGGUCAGCCAUCUGAUCCACUCAAACCCAGGGCCACGUCUUCACUCUUGUCCACUGGUGUAUUUUAAUACUAUUUAUAUAUGAUAAAGCGUACAAGAUUAGGAACAGCGUACUGUAUGUAGGACUGCAACUAAACUGUACUCAAUGAAAAUGUCCUUUCUUGUAGCGCAGAGGAGAUUUUUUAUGUAGUAUUGUAGGAGAAAACUCUAAGUAAUGGUUCAGCUUUUUAAAUGGGCACACAAGCUGUAUAUAUUUUUUGGGACAGUCAUAACUAAUGACACUUGGGUGCUUUGUUUAAAAAAAAUAGAUGGGGGUGUCUGUGAAACACUUUCUUUCCCUGUUUCUGUAUUGAACCCGUCUUUAUACUCUCAGAUCUAUUAAUAUAUUUUAGUAUCGAUUAUUGUGGUUAUUAAUGUGUGUAAAUGGCAAAUGGAUAAUAAAUGUUUAUCAACAGAA